AGGCGGAGCCUCGCAGCGUCACAGAAUGUCAACAACAUGCCGGAGUCUUCCUCUCAAACACAAACUGACAGACAACAAAGAGACGGGGCCGCGCACACCUCGAACAUCGUGUCCGUCGUGUCGCGGCUCGCCGAUGAGAAUCUCACGCUCGUGCGGAACAUCAGCACCGGGCUGGCUGUGGCUGGAGUCAUUGUCAUCGCAAGGAGCAUCAGGCUGAUCACAAAAUUCCGAGCUGCCAGUGAGAUCCCAGCUCGUUUCAUUGAGAGGAACGUCAGCCUGCGAGGAAAAGUGCAUUCCAUCAGAAAAGGCCUCCAAGUGGAGCAUGUCCCCAUUCAUCUGCCAGUCCUCUCUGCAUUACUCUCUAAGCACACGGAUGUGUCUGCGUCUCCGUUGCCGGUCCGUCUUGCAGGAGUGGAGCUGACGCCAGAAGGAAGAACCUGGCUGCAGAAGAAUCUGGCUCCUUCCCAAACCGUGUGGCUGGAGCUCAUCAGCCGGGAGGGCGAGACGCUGCACUGCCUGGUGCACGAAAGCAGGGGGGCGCUGUGGAGCUGCUGCCUGAAUGAGGAGGUCCUCAGACAGGGUCUGGCGCGCACGGCCCCUCUUUCUGGGGUCCUUCCUGGCUCUCGCCUCCAGUGGCGUCUCCACAGGCGGCUGCACAGAGCAGAGGUGAAGGCCGAGAGGAAGGGCCGCGGCCUGUGGAGGCAGGAGGGCCUGUGGGAGCGACGGGCGACCCGGGCCCUCAGGGCCAGCUCUGUAUUCACCCUCAUCAAGAGGAUCUUCAGAAGAACUUGACUGGGAUUGAUUAAUCGGGCACAGAAUCCCAAAAAGGUUGCUGCUCCUCAGUUUAAACACAUCACCUGUGAAGGUCACUCCGUGAACAUUCAGCUUUGUUUUAUUAAGUUAGAAAAAAGGACUUAUUUUGCACUUGAAAGAAAAAAUGUGUACUUUAUCGAUUCCUGGAGGAAAUAAAAGUCACCUGUUGACAUGUUCGUGCUGCUAUGUUACCCUCUUUCCAGGGUUUAAGAUGUUAAAAAAUGAUUUAAAAGGUUGUUAAAAGCUCGGCCGCAAAUCCUCAAAAUACUGAUACUAAUCCAGCGGCUUU